CAUGGUCCCCCCAGGUGGUCGCCCCGGCGGCGGCGCCGGGCCACCUCCCCCCCCAGACUGGCCGGGCCCACGUGGUCCCCCUGCCGGUGCCAGAAUUGUCAACGUUGAGCCCCCCAAGCCGAAACACAAAAAGGCCCAGGGCUCGGUGCUUAGCUGGGUGGCCGGUGGUGCAAAGGCCCCCAAGAAGAAGACCAGGAAAUGAUCAUCAUUAGUGCGCCAUGCGAAAGCUCUACUUUGGAAUCCUGCUACGAUAACGCUUCCUGCGGACUUAUGGUUUGGGAUCUUUUUGGUUAUUUACACAUGAUACCUUUACGCGUCUAUUUUCUUCUCUGCUUUGCUUGGAUUUCCAACAACAUUUACUGUACGUAUGUAAGCAAUGCAUCUCACGGACAUCAUGGUUCAUUUCAACGUCUAUCACAUGUAUGGCGGAGUAUGAGCCGCGGAGGGGUCAAACUUGGCAAACGGGUGCCCCACAGAGAUGGAAGACAUUUUCCUUCAGAAGCCGCACACGUUUUGGGCGAGGCAUUGCAUAUGGAGGAAAGCUGGAAGCUACACUAUGUUAAAGGCACGGCGCAAGAAGAGAAGGACAAAGACUGUGGCUUUUUUUGUUCUUUUGUUUUUAGGUACCCCGAUGAUUCGUUUGUUUCUGUUUGCUGUGCACAUCGCGGUGGCGGAUGACUUGUUAACAAAAAAAAAUGAGAGCGGAUGUUUUGCAACCUAGAUGUCUUACAGUGGCGACUCGGUCUUUUAAUUUUUCAGCGUUUUGUGAUUUCUUCAUUAGUCUUAAGUCUAUACAGAUCAAUGCUCCAUGAUUG